CGCCCCGAGCGCGGGCUUCCCGCGGCCCCCGGCCGCCCCCGGCGCCAUGCACGGCUCGCAGAAGGACACCACGUUCACCAAGAUCUUCGUGGGCGGCCUGCCCUACCACACCACCGACGCCUCGCUCAGGAAGUACUUCGAGGGCUUCGGGGACAUCGAGGAGGCCGUGGUCAUCACCGACCGCCAGACCGGCAAGUCCCGAGGCUACGGCUUCGUGACCAUGGCCGACCGGGCUGCAGCGGAGAGGGCUUGCAAAGACCCCAACCCCAUCAUCGAUGGUCGGAAGGCCAACGUGAACCUAGCGUAUCUGGGCGCCAAGCCCCGGAGCCUGCAGACGGGCUUCGCUGUUGGUGUGCAGCAGCUACACCCCACCUUGAUCCAGCGGACUUACGGGCUGACUCCGCACUACAUCUACCCGCAAGCCAUCGUCCAGCCCAGCGUGGUGAUCCCGGCUGCCCCGGUCCCGUCGCUGACCUCGCCCUACAUUGAGUACACGCCGGCCAGUCCCGCCUAUGCCCAGUACCCACCAGCCACCUACGAGCAGUACCCGUAUGCCGCCUCGCCCGCCACGGCCACCAGCUUCGUGGGCUACGGCUACCCGGCCGCCCUGCCGCAGGCCCUUUCUGCUGCUGCCCCCGCGGGCACCACCUUCGUGCAGUACCAGGCGCCGCAGCUGCAGUCGGACAGGAUGCAGUGAGGCCCGUCCUCCUGGGGACUGCGGGUGCCACCAGCGUUCGUGUCUCCUGAGGCCCCUUGGGCGCCACCUGAGCCCUGGGGUGGCUGAGAGGUGGCUUCUCUGCUCGUCCAGGUCUCACCGUGCCUUGCGGGAGGACUUGGAGAAGAGAGGUUGACCGAGAAGCUGUGUGAGGAGGCACCCGAUCCCUCGCACCUGCCUGAUUCCUACCGCCUCUCCUGCCCCGGCCACGUGCCAGGUGCCCACAGGCCUGAAACCACCAGGGCAUCUUGCAGGGCUGUGCGACACCGUGCCGCCAGGUGCCUUCUCGGGAGAACCGGAAGAGAAGUGCAGUGACCUGUCGCAGGUGCCCUGCCUGCGCGCGCACCUUGGCCACCCUCCUCCUCGAAGGACCCUGCGCGGCUGCCCGAGCCCCUGCCCGCAAGGCGUCCUGCUGCAGGCAGCUGCCCCCUUCGGUCAAAACACUGCGACUUUCUUCCUGUUGUAAUUGUUUUGCUACUAAGUGAUUUCAGAAUUCGAGUAUAUUUUUUCAGUGGAGACUGCUGCCACCCAGAAUCCUAAACCUGUUUUUGACUGAGAGACUUGUUUUUGCUGAUGGUUUCACGGCAAAGACAACAGCAGUAUUUCCGUGUAAUACCGUUUGCUGGCCGCCCCUCUGUGGGCGGGUGUCAUCAGCUGCCCCGCGGGGGCCUCCUGGGCAUCUGCUGAGAGUGCCAGCGAGGGUGAGCUCUCCGCUGUCUGUCGCUGUCCCUGGUGCAGCUUGCUGCCUCCGCCGGCAGCUCCCAGCCCUGGGGCCCUUGGGGAGGGUGGGAGUGCAGCACCCUGUGCCCCGCCCUCCCUGUACACCUGCGGGGGUGUGGGCCUGCCUGCCUCGGGGACGGGAGAAGUUCUGAUGCUGGGAGUGGCUCCCUCGGGCGCUCGGGGCUGGGAGGGUCAGGGAGACCCCCAUGGGAGGAGGGGGCGGUGUGGCAGCGGCAGGCUGGGCCCGGGUGUCCUCAGACCUACCUCAGGGAGCUGAGCUUGCAGGCGCUCUGGCACGCCUGGUAUAAGUCAAGGCCCAGAAAACAAAGGUAGCUAAUGUUAUAAUAAUAUUUUUAUUAGACUAUUCUGAUUAUAAAAAUAAAACUUGUUUUCUUUGAAGAGAA